GGCAUAAACAGCUCGUGCUCUUCUUCAAACUCCUCCGUAUCAGAUUGGGAUGCAGCCAGAAAGUAGUUCAGCAGGAAAUCUGCGUCUUCACUUUCUCGUCCUUGUCUAUUCACUUGGGGAGGCGUUUGUUGGGUACAGCUGACACACUCCUACCAACACAUAUGAUCAGGGAGAAGAUGAUCUGCAGCCUCCUGCUGCUCCUCAUCCUGACCUCAUGUAUCUCUGGAACAUUUGUAGUGAAUUUGACGCGGAGCUGCUGUCAGGCAGAAGAGAACCACAACAUCACACUGGAGUGGACGAUCACAGCCAAAACUGGCAUGCCCAUCAACUCUUUUAUAAUCUUCUGUGAACUGUUUACCGAUCUCAAAGUCUCCGUCCUGUUUCUGCUACGUGAAGGUGUAGAGGUCCCGGAGUCUCAGGAUGAACAGUUUGCAGGACGAGUCCAGUGGGACAAAGACGUCCUCAGAGGAGGACCACUCAGACUCCACUUGUCCAGGCUCAGGACUGAGGACUCGGGCCUUUACGUGUGUCAAGUGAUCACAAAUUAUGUUGCCACCGUCUUUAAAUGCCACCUUAAUGUCACCGCAGCGAGGGAUUGGCCCAAACCUGAUCCCUCUCCACCAGCCAGGGGACUACAGCCGGAGCGUCAGGGAAGGAUCGGCUUCUGGACUGGACUGAUGCUGACGGCAGGAGCAGCUAGUGUGAUGUUCACUUUUUACUUGUUAUUUCUUCACGCUCCUUGCACACAAGAGAUCAGCCCAGUUUGAUAGUGUCACAUUUCAUAACAUGGACACAGAAAAACUUAGUUUCUCAUCGGCUGGCAGUUUA